AAAAGGCGGUGUGGGGAAAGGUAAAGCCUCAUUCCAGUGACGACAGGACGAGAGUGAGCACCUCCCUGCCCAGUUGUCCACGUCCCUGACUUCGCAUCUCGUAAUACACAGCCAUGGUCCGCAGAAUCACCGUGAUGGUCCUGGCAGCCUCCCUCGCACUGGCCGCCUCCCAGACCUUCCAGUACAGCAGAGGAUGGACGAACGGACGGAAACGCUCUGACCCUGCAGCGGUGGUGGCCCUGGGCGGCGAGGGGCGCGAGGGUGUGGACUUACUGCAGGAGCCCCGCCGCAGCCUACCACAGCAACUUCAGCAGCAGGCCAACUCUCACCGCUCCCUGCCCCGGGUAGUUGAGGAGCGUCUUCGAGCAGUGGAGGCUGGUGUGGGUGCCCUCCUUCGCGCUGCCCAGAACCCGGUCGCCGCAGAGCCAGACUACUACGCCCAGAACUAACCCGCGCCAUACCCCACACACACCUCACAGCCACGCCACACCCAGCCCCCCCCGUCACCCCCCCCCCUUCCCACGUCACCCACCUCACAGCCACACCCACGGAGAGUAGUAUCCACACCUCACCAGCCACCUCCCAACCCCUUCGAAAUGGCUGACCACAUCCCUCCCUGAAGUUACCACACCUCACCAGCCACCCCGACCCCAGUAAAGGCUGACCACAUCCCUCCCACACCCCAAAGAGAGUAACCACACCUCACCAGCCACCCCCCCGACCCUAAUAAUGGCUGACCACAUCCCUCCCUCACCCCCAAAGAGAGUAACCACACCUCACCAGUCACACCCCAGACCCUAGUAAUGGCUGACCACAUCCCUCCCACACCCCUAAAAGAGUUACCAGGCCACACCAACCACCCUAUAUGACCUAACCACACUCCACAGUCACCCUCACACUUCCCUACCACGACCACAUCCCUACGAGGAGGAGACCCAGUAACCAACCUUCCCCAUCCACACACCAGCCAUAUCCCCAGCCACACCCAUGCCCCCUCCCACCCCACCACCACCGCAUGCUUUUAAUAUGAGCAUGUAGAAGGGGCGUAAUGGGUCAGAGAGGAAGGUGAGGUGACACACUCGUCUUCGUGUGUGUGUGUAUGUGUUACGCGUCACACCUCGGCCGUCCUACAAUACUUAAAAGAGAUUAUAUUAAUGUUGAUAUGAUGUGUCAGGUCAGGACGGAAAAAUAAAGGAUAUGUCUUUA